AUGGAAGAGACAACACAACGAGUUGCCUUUCCAAUGAUCAAUGGUCCCUUCGGUGUUCCUGAAAAACCAGACUUCAGUGUUGGGUUGGAUGCACCAUUGAGGAAGGCGAAGAUGGAGCUUCUGAACGAACCUGUAUCCACCAUUCUGGUGACUGGUUUUGGAGGAUCUGGGAAAACCACUUUGGCUACUAUGCUUUGUUGGGAUGAACAUAUCAAGGGUAAAUUCAGGGAAAAUAUAUUUUUUGUUACCCUCUCCAAAACGCCCGAGUUGAAGAUCAUUGUGGGAAGAGUAUUUGAACACCUUGGCCAUCAAGUUCCUAAGUUUGAAGACGAUGAAGAGGCAAUUAAUGAAUUGGGAAUUUUACUGAGGAAAUUGGAGAGAAGCCCAAUGUUGUUGGUUCUGGAUGAUGUUUGGCCUGGUUCAGAAGAUCUCGUGGAGAAAUUUAAAUUCCAUUUAGCAGAUUAUAAAAUUUUGGUUACUUCAAGGGUUGCGUUUCCAAGAUUUGGCACACCAUGUGUCUUAAAACCACUCGUUCUGGAAGACGCUAUGACCCUUUUCCGUCACCAUGCUUUCUUGGAUACCAACCGUUUAAAAACUGUUCACGGAGAUGUAAUCCAAAAGGUUGUGGAAAGUUGCAUGGGAUUACCACUUGCUAUUAAAGUGAUUGGAAGGUCACUGAGUCAUGAAGCUAAUGAGUUAUGGCAAAAGAUGGUGUUGGAAUUGUCACAUGGCAAUUCCAUACUUGAUUCUAACACUGAAUUACUAACCUACCUCCUGAAGAUCUUAGAUGUACUGGAAGAUAAUAGAGUCAUCAAAGAGUGCUUCAUGGACCUAAGCUUAUUUCCUGAAGACCAAAGAAUUCCUGUUACUGCUCUCAUUGAUAUGUGGGCAGAGUUGUAUGGACUAGAUAAUGACGGCAUAGAAGCAAUGGUCAUUAUCAACAAAUUAGACUCCAUGAAUCUGGCUAAUGUCUUAGUAGCAAGGAAGAACACAAGUGACACAGACAAUUAUUACUACAAUAACCACUUCAUCGUCCUUCAUGAUCUUCUAAGAGAGCUGGCAAUUUAUCAAAGCACUCUGGAACCAAUUGAAGAGAGAAAAAGACUGACUGUUGACACAGAUGAAAAUCAAAGUGAAUGGGGGCUUGAUGAGAAGCAACAAGGCAUUGUGACCCGCAUAUUGUCAAAUUGUUUUAAAUAUUGUGUUAAACAGAAACCUCAACGGAUCACUGCUCGCACAUUGUCCAUAUCAAUUGGUUGGUAUUCCGUGUGGACAUAUUUACUUACAAAGAAAAUGUGUUCCUCUUCAAUUGACAUCGAUCAUAAGGGUUGCUUUGCUUUUGCAGAUGAAAGUUGUUCUUCAUAUUGGUCACACAUGCAUCCAGCUCAAGCAAAGGUUCUAAUUUUAAAUCUCCGAGGAGCUAAUCAGUACUCCUUUCCAGAAUCCAUGCAGAAAAUGAGCAAACUUAAAGUUCUGAUAAUCACAAAUUACAAUUUCCAUCCUUCUGAGCUGACCAAUUUUGAGCUACUUGGGUCUUUAUCCAAUCUGAAAAGAAUUAGAUUAGAGAGGAUUUCUGUUCUUUCGUUCGUCACUCUGAAGACUCUGAAGAAAUUAUCCCUCUACAACAUGAGUCAUGGCUUUCAAAAGGGUAUCAUCCUAAUUUCAGAUGCAUUUCCAAACCUAGUGGAUCUAAACAUUGACUAUUGCAAAGAUAUGGUUGUGUUGCCAAGUGGGUUGUGCGAUAUUAUCCCACUGAAAAAGCUCAGUGUUACUAAUUGCCACAAGCUCUUAGCACUGCCUCAAGAAAUUGGAAAGUUGGUGCAUUUGGAACUGCUAAGGCUCACUUCUUGUACCGAUUUGGAAGGGUUGCCAGAAUCUACUGGAAGGCUUUCAAAUCUAAGGCAUCUUGACAUCUCAAACUGCAUAAACCUUUCUAAUUUACCAGAGGACUUUGGAAAUUUGUGUAAUCUAAGAAAUCUCACCAUGAUAAAUUGUGCAAGGUGUGAAUUGCCUUACUCAGUAAUCAAUCUUGUGAAUUUGAAGGUAGUGAGUUGCGAUGAAGAGACAGCUGCUUCAUGGGAAGGGUUCAAAGCUAUGCUUCCGAAUCUACAGAUAGAGGUGCCUCAAGUUGAUACGCAUGAUGUUCGCCUAUAUGUCAUUUGA